AUGACGCCAGCGACAGCAAAAAUAGCAGCAGCAACAACAGCAGCAGCAGCACCGUGGUCUUUGAAGGCAGCAGCAGCAGCAAAAGCCAAAGCUGCAGAAGAACGCUGCUUCACAGCAGCAGCAGAACCCGUAGCAGCAGCAACAGCAGCAACAGCAGCAACAGCAGCAGCAGCAGGUCCCGAAUCAGCAGCAAGGAGGGCCUCUUUUGGCUUGCCUUGCCCCCCCAUACCCGUAGCCUAUAGAGCAACAGGAAAAUUAAGAAGAGAAACCAGCAGCAGCAGCAGCAGCAGCAGUAGUAGCAGCAGCAGCAGCAGCAGCACCAGCAGCAGUAGCAGCAGCAGCAGCAGCAGCAGCAGUUCGGACGAAGAAGAUGAGUGCUGGGAGUUCAACAUGAAGACGAGGCAGCAGCAGCUGCAGCAGCUGCAGCAGCAGCAGCAGCAGCAGCACUACAUGCACCUCGAUAUGCUGAGCUUCAUGCUGCAGCAGCCAGAUGAAGAGACACAUUUGCUGCUGCAGCAAACCUUGUCUCUUUGCUGCAGCACAGAAACCGCCGAAGCCCCGCUGCUGCCGCCCAUUGCUGCAGGCAAAGUCAACACCUUUGUUUUCGGUAAACCCUAA